AUGAGCGAGACCAAUGUAUCUGAGGCCUCGACGGCAUUCAGUAGAUUCCAUCUUCCGCCUUCACACCCGCAACUUAUCUCAAAGAUCCCAAAGAUCCUGCCACAUGAGCGCGUCUUCCCAGUCCAGAUAGGCUCGGAGCUUUUUAAGCUCUCGGGAGCCUCGCUCUCGUCAGAUGCGCCAUCUUAUUUCUCACAAUAUUUCCUGUGCCAGAUUCGUCAAGCAGAGGAAAAUGGGGAAGAUAUCUGCUCCGCCAUACGGACGCUAUACAUAGACCGCGAUCCAGAGACCUUCAAGGACAUCUCUCUGCAUCUCCAGGGCUACCAUGUCUCACCGCGGGAUGGCACACACUUUGUGCGUCUCUUUGCGGAUGCGCAAUUCUACACUCUGCCCAAGUUGAUGUCUCAGCUCUACGAGGCGAGCAUCUUCAUGUCCAUCGGCCACAGAGAAUUCCAGAUUCCGCGGGACAUGUUCCAGGGGCCUGGAAACAGCCCCAAUUUCUUUUCCCUGGGCUUCGCCAUUUUCUUCUCCUCUCCCGACGAGAUAUUUCCCGGUCUGGAGCGUGAAGGUCUCAUCAGACCACCAUCUAUCCAGCCGCCGGCCGUACCAGGUCGUUCUGCUGAGAUUUUCUCCGAUAUUUUGCAUCUUCUGAGAGGAUACUCCAUUCAUAUCCGUGACGAAGAGCACCGCGCGAGUCUACUCCGCGACUGCCGAUACUUCAAUUUUAAGGGCGUUGAGCAGAGGUUGAUCCCGCACCAGAUCAGCUACAACCAAGCGCGGCAACGUAGCGAGAUCGUGCUGCGGCUUGAGGAUAUUCUCAAGUCUGGCAUCUCGUUUGCGCAUGAUCAGAUCUCGACGCCGACAUAUGGCGACGUCAACAUGAACCAGGCUCCCGCCAUCUCCGGCUGGGUAAACUACGCCAGGCCGUACGUAGAUGAUCAGCCCUACGAACUUAUUCUGGAAAUCGGCGGCGAAAAUAGCAAGAUUCACCUCCACCUGAUGCGCGCCGAGUUCUUUGGACAGAUUAGAGCCCGUAUCGCAAAGUUCUUCGAGGUUAUUGCCGCGAAGCUGAACUUGCCUCCCACGACUCAACCACUGGGCCUGCUCAUGACAAAGGGUGGCGCUGGAAGCCAACCACCCACGCCAGGCAAUACGGCGCUGAGUGAGGACCUGGUUAAAAUCUCUAUUGAGCCGGAGACGUAUAUUGAGCUCGACGGCAGGGUGUACCCUACGCAUACCACAGAUGGCGAUGACGUCUCAAUGGGUAACAGCAUGGGUGGUUCAUCUGGGCCUUCGCGGAAGAGGAGGAGACUGGACGUUGGAGGCAGUGGUGGACAAGGCAACGAGUGGGUCGUGAAGAAAGGCCAAUGGAGGCUGAAGAUCCAAGGAACACAAGGUGGAAAGAGCGCCGUGGAGUGUGUACUCGUUGCAGUCAGGCUGGAGGCAUAUAGCAAUGAACAAACCAGGAAUGCUCAGAGGGGUUUCUUGAGCUGA